AAUAUUCCCUCACCAUUUUCGCCCCCCUCUCUCUUUAUCUAUAAACUCACUUUCUCUCUCUAAUAUCUCGCUUGCUACACUGCGUGAUAUUCGCUAUCUAAAACAGCCGAUCCAAACUCGAAAACCUAAUUGGGAUGAGAUGUCCAACAGAUCAUCCAAGCCCUAAUUCACUUUAUACCUUCAUUAAUCUUUGUAAAUGUCCUUUCAAUGAAGCCUCCUUGGCUCAUUCUGUUAUUUCUGGUACCUUCUCACCUCCUAAAACCCUAUUCUUUUUUCAUCCAUUUUAAGGCAAUAUAAAAUUAAAUUAUAGUUUCCCUCGGUGAAAGUGAAUGAUGGAUAUUGUUGAGGUUGAAGAAAAUUUGUUUGCAAUUGGUGAUGCAAAGGUACAUAUAAUUUUGCAUGGAGGAAUGUGCAAGACAAUGUCUGCAAUUUAUUGCAGAGUGCUAGGAAUUUUCCCUGUUCUGGAAGCAUCACGGCCUCGGAGCACAACAGGUAUCCAGGCACUAUGUUCUCUGCACAUUGCGCUCGAGAAGACCAAGAAUGUUCUUCAACAUUGCUGUGAAUGUAGUAAACUUUACUUGGCUAUAACCGGGGAUUCUGUUGUUCUAAAAUAUGAGAAGGCAAGAUGUGCUCUUGAAGAUGGUCUUAAGCGAGUCAAAGAUAUUGUUCCACAAUCUAUUGGCUGUCAGAUUUCAGAAAUUUUAAGUGAACUUGAGGGGACCGAGUUCUCACUUGAUCCAUUGGAGAAGCAAAUUGGUGACGAUAUAAUUGCACUUCUCCAGCAAGGGAGGAGAUUCAACAGCAAUUGUAAUGACAAUAAUGAGCUUGAAUAUUUUCACCAGGCUGCUUCUAAACUUGGCAUCACAUCUUCGAGAACAGCUCUUACCGAGAGAAGGGCUCUGAAGAAGCUAAUAGAAAAGGCCCGGAUUGAGGAAGACAAGAGGAAGGAGUCGAUCGUGGCUUAUCUUUUACAUCUCAUGAGAAAAUACUCCAAGCUAUUUAGAAGUGACUUCUCAGAUGACAACGAUUCACAGGGUUCAACACCUUGUUCCCCUACUGUUCAGGGCUCUUUUGACGAUGGCGGUGGACCAGGUGGCGUUGGUCAUGUCUUCGAGCAACAACUCUCAAAACAUGGUUCUUUCAAUUUCAAGCCAAACUUCAGGAGAUCAGGGCAGAUGCCCCUCCCGCCUGAAGAGUUGAGGUGUCCAAUAUCGUUGCAGCUCAUGUAUGACCCAGUCAUCAUUGCUUCCGGGCAAACUUAUGAAAGGAUUUGUAUUGAAAAAUGGUUUAGUGAUGGGCACAACACCUGCCCAAAAACUCAACAGCAGCUACCCCAUCUUUCUUUGACUCCUAAUUACUGUGUCAAGGGUCUUGUUGCUAGUUGGUGUGAACAGAAUGGAGUUCCUGUUCCCGAUGGCCCACCAGAGUCUCUAGAUCUCAACUACUGGAGGCUCGUGUUGUCUGAGAAUGAGUCUGUGAAUUCAAAGUCAAUGGACAAAAUUCGGUCCUGCAACAUGAAGGGUGUAAAGGUGGUUCCUAUAGAGGAGAGUUGUAUAAUUGAGGAGGCUGAAGGAAAUGAAGCAGAGGAUGUGCCUGUAAACGAGGAAGAGUUUGAGCAUAAUGUGCUUGAAAGAUAUGAUGAGUUUUUUAUGAUCUUGGACAAAGAGGAUGACUUGGGAAAAAAGUGCAUUGUGGUAGAAAAGAUAAGGCUCUUGCUAAAGGAUGAUGAAGAAGCUAGGAUUUAUAUGGGGGCUAAUGGUUUUGUUGAAGCACUGCUGCGGUUUUUAGAGUGUGCUGUGCAGGAGAGGCAUGACAUGGCUCAGGGAAUUGGAGCCAUGGCUCUCUUCAAUCUUGCUGUUAACAAUAACAGAAACAAGGAAAUGAUGUUGGCAGCAGGAGUACUUCCAUUGCUGGACGAAUUGGUUACCAAAUCCAACUCACACGGAGAAGCAACAGCGCUUUACCUGAAUCUUUCUUGCCUUGAUGAAGCCAAGCCUGUCAUUGGCUCAAGUGAAGCCGUCCUUUUCUUAAUCAACUUACUUCGAGCCGAAACCGAUCCCCAAUGCAAGCUAGAUGCCCUCCAUGCCCUCUUUAAUCUCUCUACCCACCCCUCCAACAUUCCGAAACUUCUCUCCUCUGGCAUCAUGAAUGUACUACUAUCCCUUGUCACAGACUCGGGUGACCAAGCGUGGACUGAAAAAUGCAUACCCGUCUUUAUAAACUUAGCUUCAAGUAAGUUGGCAAGAGACGAAAUGAUAUCAUCCCUGGGGCUCAUUAAUGGGCUUGCGACGGUAUUAGAUGUUGGUGAGCCUGUUGAUCAGGAACAAGCUGCCUCAUGCCUUCUGAUAUUGUGUAAUGGAAGCGAGAAAUGCAUUCAAAUGGUCCUCCAAGAAGGGGUAAUACCGUCAUUGGUGUCGAUUUCCGUGAAUGGGACUAUGAGAGGGAAGCAGAAAGCUCAAAAGCUUUUGAUGUUGUUCCGAGAGCAGCGGCAACGAGAUCCGUCGCCGGUUCGGACAACCCGUCAGCUGCCGGAAAGUGGCGACAUGGCAAUGCCUGAUCCGGAAUCAAAACCAUUAUCGAAGUCAAUCUCGAAAAUAAAGUUGGGGAGAGCUUGGAGUUUUUGGUCAAAGAACAAGAGCUUUUCAGUGUACCAGUGGCGAGAUUGAGAAGAUUGGGUUGUUAUGUUACAAUCAAAAGUUGUAAAUUUCACUUUGUAUCUCCUUUUCUUUUUUUUCUUUUUUCCUCUUGCUAUGUCCUGUUCUUAUGGGCAUUAUAUCAUGUAUGUAGUGUUCCACAGAGAAAAGAAGAUUUGUACAGGUCCUUGUAACCGAUGGAUCUUUUUCCUUUUCGCCUGCCUCCCUAUUCUGGGUAGGUUUUCGUACGUUAUAAUUCAAGGCUUUUAAGAUCCACAUUUUGAAGCA